AUGCUCACGUACCUGACGAUACUCGGCCAUGAUCCAUUCACGAUCUACCCCCUUCGCUCUAUGAUGGGCAAGGGACUUCUCAAGCGAGCUGCACCACACACUCGCUCUGCCGCCUUGAUGACCCCAGCCAUGCGAGGGAAACUCGCCAGCGACCGGUUACUGGACCGCUAUGCGGACCGUCUCCAUUUUGACGAGCGUGAUCCUGGCCAGGAUAGGCGCCCAUAUCUAGACGAGCUCAUUGCGAAAGCAAGGGCCGACCCACUAACAGUACUGGCUGCAACUGAUGGCUCUGUCCCUCAGUCCAACCAGUAUCAGGCGGCUUCGGCUGCUAUAAUCUACAAGGGACAUUGCGAGCUCGGGAGGACUCGCUAUGUCUCUGGCAGAGUUACCGCCCCAGAUGCGGAACUCAAUGCCAUCUCGUGUGCAGUGCGCCUUGCUGUCAAGCAGGCAAACUGCCAACAUAUUAUGGUCUUCACUGACUCUAUGGGCUCAGCCCAUAGAGCGGUUGACCCCGGCGUGCAUUCUGAGUGGUUUGAGGCGGAUGAUCUCCGUCGCAUUACCUUCGUCUACGUCCCUUCCGCUAUGCGGUGGGAUAUCCAUGGUGAAGCACACAAGUACGUCACCGAACUCAAAGUCAGGGUUGGGCGUCGCAAGACGGACAACUCCAUAGACGCGCUUCGCUCUCGAGCUGCGCACUCAGUCUUGGAUUCGUGGAGUUCCACUUUCCAGGAUCCAACCUACCGAGGCUCCGAAUUCUUAGAGCUUCAACAGCCUGACGGGCGGCCGCUACAACCAUCGUACCUCAAUGGGGGACCUUGGCUCUCAACCUUCGGACACAGUAUUACUGAGUUCGCUCGCGUUUGCCGGUGCAUAACUGGCCACGCGCCCAUUGGAGCGUAUUACCGUCGCUUCAAGAUCAACGAGCCUCAUGGCUGCACUUGCGGGGCUGCUUUGCAGUCCCGCCAGCAUAUCCUCUUUCGCUGUCGCGACAGAUAUUCUGUACACUAUCCCUGUUUUCUCGGGGAUAUUGCAUCGUUUAUGAAGUACAACCCUACGGCGUUUGGCUUCAACCGGGACCCGUCGGGUGUCGGAUAA